GGCGUUUUUGAGCAUUUUCACUAUAGUUGGGAUCACGAACACCACCUCUGCCUUGAACCUUCUUAUGAGUUCUAUUCUGAAGCCCAUUGCCCAUAUAAAUGAUGCUUUGAGUCAACAAAAAAGGCAAUUAUACUUCACGACUUGUUGUUGCCUUGUCUUGCCCUAUUGUCUUCACAAGACCUUGAGGCCUUUGCAAAUUUGGAGAAAGUGGAAGUUUCGCAAGCGACUCGAAACUAUCGAUCAAGACCGAAAGAACAUACUUCGCAUCGAAGGUGAUCUGAGGCGCUCGAAGAAGAUAUUUGUCCAUGCUAUAAAUGACAGGGGGGAAACGGCACCACGAUUACUUGAUACUUUAACAGAUAUUUGGCGCCGAACUCAUCUUGUUGAGCAUAGAGUUAUCAUACAGGCCGAAUGGUUCAUUCAACACUUCCAGCCCGACUCACCAGAUCAAUCGGGAUUCAUCGAUUGGGCAGCGUCGAUGAAGUCAUUGGGCCACAUAUUGAUGCUAUGGAUAGGAAGCUUCAGUCCUGGCUUGAAAAACCUGUCUUCAUCUGUUGCUAUUCAAGGAACGCGAACCGUGGUAGUCAUCAAUAACGUCAACUCUCUUUACCCUGAGAGGUUACUGUUGAAAGAUUAUCAUCUUCAAGCUCAGCAGAGAUUCGCAGACUGGGUCGACAAGCACUUUAAGUCGAAUGAGACAGUGAGCGAUGAUACAAUAAGUCAAAACCCCCCCUAGUCGGCCACCCCCCCUGUCGGC